UAUCUGGGGAUCCUACAUGACCAUCGGCUUCUCUGCUGCACCUCGACCUUUCAGAAUUGCCCACAAGACCUUCCGUUAUUACGCUUCUGCCCCAGGGCUCGACCCGCCUCUCUGCGUCCUCCGAUUCCUGCAACUUUCCAUCGACCGCCAAUCUUUGAAGCUCACGGAACAGUCCCAUGGCCGCGUCUUCCGUCUGGGAUUCGACCAAAACGCCGUCGUCGCGACGAAGCUCAUCUCUGCAUACUCCGCGUGCAGAGACCCAGUCGAGGCAAGGGUUGUUUUCGACUCGGUUCGGUGCAAGAAUGUGUACAUAUGGAACGCUAUGAUUAACGGGUACGCGAAAAAUAAGUUUUACAGGGAAAGUUUUGAUCUUUUUACGCAAAUGUGCUUAGGUGAGGAGUCGCCGGAUGACUUCACAUAUUCGACUCUUUCGAAAGUUUCCACCGAUAUUGGGGACUUUUCUGCGGGGAAAGUGGUUCAUGGGAAGUGUAUACGAACUGGGCUUGUUUCAGAUACUGUUGUUGCUAAUUCCAUUUUGUCUAUGUAUUGUAGAUGUAGUGAAUUUAUUGAGUCGCGUAAGCUGUUCGAUGAAAUGCCGCGGAGGAAUAUUUCUUCUUGGAAUACACUAUUAGGAGGUUUCAUGAAUUCCGAGGAGGAGAAGGUUGAUAGUUCUAUAAUAUGGGAAUUUGUUAAAACUAUGCAAAUUGAAGGGCUGAAACCCGAUGCAUAUACUGUGUCUAGUCUUCUCCCUUUGUGUGGAGGAGAUGCUGGCAAAUGGAACCGUGGAAGGGAAGUUCAUUGUUACACUGUGAAGAAUGGACUGGAGUUGGGUUCGGGUUCUGACGUUCAUUUAGGAUGUUGCUUGAUUGAUAUGUAUUCGAGAAGUAAUAAAGUAAACGUUGCUGGAUUGGUUUUUGACCAUAUGAAGUCGAGAAAUGUUUUUGCUUGGACUGCAUUGAUCAAUGGUUAUGUGCAGAAUGGAGAAUCAGAGAAAGCUUUGAUUCUUUUCCGUGAAAUGCAAAUGAGAGAUGGAACAGAACCCAACAGGGUCUCGCUUGUGUGCCUUCUCCCUGCUUGUAUUUCACUUGCUAGUUUAAUGGGAGGGAAGCAAAUCCAUGGCUUUGCAAUAAGAAAGGAAUUAACGCAUGAAGUUUCAUUAUGCAAUGCCCUGAUUGACAUGUACGCCAAGUGUGGUAGCUUGACCAGUGCCAGACGACUAUUUGAAGAUCAUCCUUUUUGUAAAGAUGCAGUAUCUUGGAGUUCAAUGAUUUCUGGAUAUGGAUUGCAUGGGAAGGGUCAAGAAGCCAUUUAUUUGUAUGAGAAGAUGCUUCAACUUGGGAUCAAACCAGAUGUGAUUGUAAUGGUGGGGGUGCUUUCUGCUUGCAGUAGGUCGGGAUUGGUAAAUGAAGGCCUUGACAUUUACAACUCAGUUGUAAGGCACCAUGGAAUUAAACCAACAUUGGAGAUGUGUGCGUGUGUGGUUGAUAUGUUAGGCCGAUCGGGCCAGCUGAAGCAAGCCUUGGACUUCAUCAAGGCAAUGGCUGUGGAACCUGGUCCCAGUGUAUGGGGUGCUCUUCUUAGUGCUUCUCUCCUCCAUGGGAAUUCUGAGAUAAGAGAUUUGGCUUAUGAAUUCCUUAUUCGGAUCGAACCUGAGAAUGCAUCUAAUUACGUAUCCCUGUCAAACUCAUAUGCUUCUUCUCAGAAGUGGGGUGUUGCUGCUGAAGUGAGGACUGUCAUGAAAGAGAAGCAACUAAGGAAGUUGCCUGGUUGCAGUUGGAUAACUGUUAACAAGGAAACUCACAGCUUCUAUGUUGCUGAUAAAGCGCAUCCUUGUUCUGAUAUUAUUUAUGGGAUGCUGGAUGAACUAGUUCUAAUGAUGAAGGGUUAUGGCAAUUCUCGUGAAUAAGUCUAUUUGUAAGCUCGUUUAUGAAGGGUAAAAUUA